GCUAAAAAUCUCUCCAUGAGCAAAAACCACCACAACAAAGCAAAGGACUGGGAAGUGUUGAUAUUGCAAACUCAACGUGUUCGCAGUGCUGUUUUGUUUCACUUUGCUGCUCGUUUUCUGAAUGUCCGUCGCAUUGUUUUUGGCCAAAAGGUCGAGCGUCCUCCUCUUACCUCAGAAGAAGAAAAAUAUAUAUAUAUAUUUUUUUUAUACAAAGCAACGCAACUUCAUAAUAACUUGUUAGCUAGCAUUGUUUGCUACAUCAGUCUAACUGAGUAUGGCCGAAAACGCAAACAGUGCAGCCGGCCUUCCUCCAGGAGAUCCUCAGUUAAUCGCACUAAUCGUGGAACAUCUGAAGAACCGAGGUGUUUUCGACGAGUUCAGAAGGGACUGCUUAGCAGACGUGGACACCAAGCCAGCUUAUCAGAAUUUGCGGCAGAAGGUGGACAACUUCGUGGCUAGUCACCUGAGCACGCAGGAGUGGAGUCCCUCCAUCAACAAGAACCAAGUGCGCAAUGGUCUGCGACAGAGCGUAGUACAGUCCGGGAUGUUGGAGUCUGGCGUGGACCGAAUUAUAACUCAGGUGGUGGAUCCUAAGUUGAACCAUAUUUUCCGGCCACACAUCGAGAAAGUUAUCCAUGACUUCCUGACCUCCGAGAAGAAAGAAGAAGGAGUGACUAAUUCAUCGACUGAGACGGAGCAGCAGGACGCCGCCAGCAACACCACCACAGCAAAGGCACAAGUCAGCUGGGAGACUGACGGCACCUGCUCGUCUCCUUCCUCAAACACUGGAGAGCGUUUUAGUGGAUAUACUUCGCCUUUAGCUGCCUCUUACGGUUAUGCUGCGGGAAUCCGAAGGCGCACUGAAAGAAAGCUUCUGCAGUUCCAGCCAGUUUUAUUAGCACUACCAGACAUGUAUGUGAAGCUGGCUGUAGUAGUGCUUGUGUUGACGGUACGGCGCAGACUGGACGCUACGGACACCUCUUCCUCCCACGAGAGGCCCCUUAACGUCCAGAAAAGGCGAUUAUCCCUACAAGAUACAGUGGAGAUCCAGCAGUGUUUGCUGAGCGCUGGAGAGGUCGGAUGCGGGACAUUCGAGUGCUUCACUAACAACUCGUGUGAGGUUCGGGGACUGCACGACAUUUGCUUGAGGUUCCUGCACAACGCCGGGAAAUUCGACUCUCAGGGCAAAUCUUUCAUCAAGGAUGCACUGAAGUGCAUGGCACAUGGGCUACGUCACAAGUUCAGCUGCGUCAAUCGCAAGUGUGUUUCCGUGAAGGAGAUGGUGUUCCAGCUGCAGCGCGAGUGCUACCACAAACACGACCUCUGCUCCGUGGUCAGGAAGAACAUCAAGGUCUUGAUGGAGAUGAUCCACUUCCAGGAUCUCUUUCCCAAAGGGCCUCAUGUGGAACUGGUGAACAUCCUGCUGGGCUGUGGUGAGGGGGUGCGUGUCGCCAUUACCCGCCGUAUUCACGCCCAGUGUGAGCAGAACUGGGGCGCCUUAUGCGCCAGCCUGAGGCCCUGCCUGCCAGGCCACACCAAGAUCCAGACGGUGCCCACCCUCUCUCCUGUGCCUGCUAUGAGCAGCGCCAACUUCCUGCCUCCUGCUGGCCCUCCUCUCCCACACCCUGAUGGACAGCAGGUUUAGAUCCUUCGCUAAAGAAUAUGAGGCUCUUCCUUAGCCUUCAAUGCCUUGAUUGCACCGAAGUACGACAC